AUGUCCAUUGAGGGUGUGGACGACGCUGAAGACCUGGAGAAGACCAGACAUGCCUUCACUCUGCUUGGAAUGAAGGAGUCCGACCAGAGCACGGUCUUCCAGAUCAUUGCUGCCAUUCUGCACCUGGGCAACCUGGGAAUCCAAGAGGAGCGCGAUGGGGAGGCCUGCAGCAUCUCGAGCACGGACGAGCACCUGACCACCUUCUGCAGCUUGCUGGGCGUGGAGCACAGCCAGAUGAUGUACUGGCUCUGCCACCGCAAGCUGGUCACCACGGCUGAGACCUACGUGAAGAGCAUGUCCCUGCAGCAGGCAUUCGACGCCCGGGAUGCCCUGGCGAAGCACAUCUAUGCCCAGCUCUUCGACUGGAUCGUGCAGCACAUCAACAAGGCCCUGCACACCACCGUCAAGCAGCACUCCUUCAUCGGCGUGCUCGACAUCUAUAGGUUUGAAACUUUUGAAGUGAAUAGCUUUGAACAGUUUUGUAUCAACUAUGCUAACGAAAAGCUCCAGCAGCAGUUCAACUUGCAUGUGUUCAAGCUGGAACAAGAAGAGUACAUGAAGGAAGAAAUCCCGUGGACGCUCAUAGACUUCUAUGAUAACCAGCCCUGCAUUGACCUUAUAGAAGCAAAACUUGGUAUCUUGGACCUGCUGGAUGAAGAGUGCAAGGUGCCCAAAGGAACGGACCACAACUGGGCGCAGAAGCUGUACAACCAGCACACGGGCAACCAGCAUUUCCAGAAGCCCCGCAUGUCCAACACCUCCUUCGUGGUGGUGCACUUUGCAGACAAGGUGGAGUACCAGUGCGAGGGCUUUCUUGAGAAAAACAGGGAUACCGUGUAUGAAGAGCAGAUCAACAUCCUGAAAGCCAGCAAGUACCAGAUGGUUGCAGACUUGUUCGAGGACGAGAAGGACACUGCGCCCGCUGCCUCGGUGAAGAAGGGGACCUCCAAGAUCAACGUCCGCUCUGCCAGACCCGCGGUCAAAGCGGCCAACAAGGAGCACAAGAAGACAGUGGGACACCAGUUCAGGAACUCCCUGCAUUUGCUUAUGGAGACACUGAAUGCCACCACCCCGCACUACAUACGCUGCAUAAAGCCAAAUGAUGAGAAGCUCCCAUUCAAUUUUGAUGCGAAGAGAGUGGACCAGCAGCUCAGAGCUUGUGGUGUGCUGGAGACCCUCCGCAUCAGUGCAGUUGGCUUCCCCUCCAGGUGGUCCUACCACGACUUCUUCAGUAGAUACUGUGUCCUUAUGAAGAAGAGAGAUAUCUCCAAGAAUGACAAGAAGCAGAUCUGCCAAACCUUGUUGAAAGACCUCAUUAAGGAUCCAGACAAGUUCCAGUUUGGACGUACCAAGAUCUUUUUCCGUGCAGGCCAGGUGGCAUAUCUGGAGAAACUGCGGGCGGAUAAGCUUAGAGCUGCCACCAUCAUAAUUCAGAAGACAGUGCGGGCCUGGCUGCAGAGAGCCAAGUACCAGCGGCUGAAGGGGGCUGCAAUAGUCAUCCAGCGUUAUGCCCGCGGGCACCUGGCUCGCAGAUUCGCUGAGCACCUGCGGAGAACGCGGGCAGCCACCGUCUUCCAGAAACAAUUCCGAAUGCUGAGGAUCCGGCGAGCUUUUCAGCGCAUCCGCAGUGCCACCAUCACCAUCCAGGCUUUUGCUCGGGGCAUGUUUGUCAGGAGGGUUUAUCGCGAGAUGCUCAUGGAGCACAAAGCCACCAUCCUGCAGAAGUACUGCUACUACCGGCGCAUGAAGGCCCGGCGGCAGCUCAAGGCCCUGAAGAUCGAGGCCCGCUCGGUGCAGCACCUGAAGAAGCUCAACAUCGGCAUGGAGAACAAGGUGGUGCAGCUUCAAAGGAAGAUCGACGAGCAG